AAAAAUUACUAUGAAAUACAAAUUGCUUAAACGAAUUUUAAUUCAUUUGAACUUAAAGCCUUAUUAAGUUGAUGGCAAAAUAUUGAUAUACUCGUAUACACAAAUCAAUGGGAGACCUUUAAAUUAGACUUUCAAAGUUAUACUCAUCCUGUAUAAGGAGAAUACAUACGAAAUGUAUACGAAAAUAUUAAUCUGUCGCUAUAUUUAAUUCGCCAUUGUUAUUGUACUUGAAAUUAAUAGUUUAUAUUUUGUUAAUACUCGAAUGAAAAUUGAUCAGUCGUGUUAAGUCGAAAGAGCCUUUAAGUAUUAAUUUUACGGAAAUACAACGGAUUUAAAAAGCAUAUUUCGUGACACUGCAGUGAACGUUAAACACUUUGAAAACAAAAAUGCCUUCAGGAGAGAAAAAUGGCGAAACACUUGUUAAAACCACAGCGACUGUACCAAAAUCGAUUGGCAACGACAGUGUACAAGUAAAUGUGAAAGUGGAUAACAGUAAUAAAAAUAUAAAAGCUAAAUAUGUAAUUAAAAGUAGCGGUACAGUGCUAUUACCUAAUCACGAUAUACCGGUGCCAACGAAAUUCAAUUCUACGGAAAAUGUGCUCGAUCCCUUCUGUGAUCCUGAGAAGCCACAGAAAAUAUCCUUUCACGAUGUAACAUCGGCGGCUUUUCUCAUUAAGGAUGGCGUUGCCAAAACACCAUGUCCGCGCUCCACCUCAUCAGACUCUUAUGGCAUGGAUUUGUAUUUAAAAAAGGACUUUCUGCAAGUAACUGGCAGUUUCAAAGAACGUGGUGCUCGGUAUGCUCUUCUCUGCCUUUCCGAACAACAAAAGAAGGCUGGUGUCAUUUCCGCCUCGCUGGGAAAUCAUGCGCAGGCCCUUAGUUAUCAUGGCUGGAAACUAAACAUACCCGUCACAGUUGUAAUGCCCAAAGCUGCGCCCAUAAUGAAGAUACAGAAAUGUCGCAAUUAUAAGGCGAACGUAAUUGUGAAUGGCAAAGAUAUGGGCGAAGCCAAGGUCAUAGCCAUGAAAAUGGCACAAGAUAAGGAACUGCUCUACAUCAAUGGUUACGAUCAUCCACAAAUUAUGGCUGGUCAGGGCACAAUCGGUUUAGAGAUAUUGGAUCAGGUGCCCAAUCCAGAUGCUGUGAUUAUACCUGUUGGUGGUGGUGGACUUAUUGCCGGCAUUGCAACAGCGAUUAAGGCCUUAUCGCCGAACACCACAGUUAUUGGCGUUGAGUCUGAGAAGUGUGCCAGCUUUUCGCAAGCCAUGGAAAAUAACGGGCCCAUACACACAGCAAUCAACAAUACGCUUGCUGAUGGCUUGGCAGUGCCCAAAGUUGGUUAUAACGCUUAUGUAACUGCACUUCCGCUCAUCGAUAAGAUGGUGGUGGUGAAGGAGGAAUGGAUUGCAUUGGCCAUCUUACGUUUGGUGGAGGAGGAGAAAUGUGUAGUGGAAGGCGCUGGCGCAUCGGGCUUGGCAGCUAUACUGGCUGGACAGUUAAAUGAAUUGAAGGGCAAAAAAGUUGUAAUUCUCCUGUGUGGUGGCAAUAUAGAUACCACUGUAUUCGGACGCUGUUUGGAGCGUGGUCUAGCCGCCGAAGGUCGUUUAGUGAAGUUUCAAGCUGAAGUUAGUGAUCGGCCUGGUGGUAUACAUGAACUCUGCAAACUUCUUUCCGAUUUAGGUGUCUCCAUCAAGGAUAUAAUGCACGAGCGCGCUUGGCUCAGAGAUAUAUACACAGUGUCGGUUAAAGUUGUCUGUGAGACUCGUGACUGGUCUCAUAGCAUGGAAUUGAAAAAUGAAUUGAAGAAGCAUUACACAAAUGUCGAGUUUAGUGAGGAGCCCAUGGCCAUACUUAACAACGUAGCUUCCUAAUGAGUUUAAUUUAAGUAUACACUUAUUUAAAUAAUUUGUUUACUAUUUAUAAAUAUGUAAAAAGGAGGGAAAUACGAAAGUUCUUAAAUUUAAUUUUGGACCAAAUAUAUUGAUUGAUUAUUAUUGUUAAUAUGUUAUGUAUAAAAAUAUCGUCAAAAUAAGCUCUUUAAAUAUACAUAUUAUAAAAUAUACAUAUAUAUAUAUAUUUUUAUUUAAAAAGGUGCAUAUAGAGCACAUAUGUAAGCAAAAAGAACUACGAGUAGGUAAUUUUUAAAAUUUCAGAACGAUUCUUAUUUGAUUUAAAAUAGUAAUACAAUAAAUAGUACAUAACAG